AUGGGUGCACCUGAGCUUAAACCUCAGCCAGUGUCAUCAGGGACGCUGUCCAUUAAGAGCUGUCAACUGCACCAAUGCCAGCUCCCUGACGACAGUUCCUCUUUGCAUGUGGUGCCCAGGGACCUGGGCAAGGAAAGCAUGGACUCUGGCAUUUCCCCCCCAUCACAUCUGCCUUCCAUAGCCUUCCUGAAGUCAGAGCAGCCAUCAAAGGACGCCAUGGAGACUGUCAUCAAAGCGAUAGCUGACCUCCAAGCCAAUCAGGACCAGGCAAGAGCGGCACUAAAGGAUGCCUCCCAUCAGCUGCUCAGGUCAGAGAUUCACAUCCACACUGACCCCAACAUCAAGGUGGUGAACCAGACCGGCCCCACAAGGGACCACAGAAGGGAACCUGGAAACUCGGGUGCCCACUCUGGAACACGAUGUGGUGAGAAGCUACAACUGAGUCAGAGCAUAACCUCGAUCUCCAACACAACCUCAACCUCCGAUACAACCCAGACCUCUGAUACAACCCCGACAUCUGAUACAACCUCGACCUCUGAUACAACCUCGAUUUCCGGCACAACCUCAGCCUCUGAUACCACCUCGACCUCCAGCACAACCUCCAUUACAGCCUCGUCCUACAGCACAACCUCGACCUCUAGCACAACCUCAACAUCCGAUACAACCCAGACCUCUGAUACAAUCCCGAGGUCUGGUUCAUCCUCAACCUUUGAUACAACCCUGACCUCCACGACAAGCCAGUCCUCCAAAGACCCCAAGAACUUCUUCUCCCAACCCAAACACCAAGACUGA